CGCACAAUCGACCGGAAACGCGCGGGGGUCAGGCUCGAGACGUUUGAUAUAAAAAAUACGCGUGAGAGCAGCAGAAAGAGUACAAGAGAGCUGAAUUCGAUGUGACUUUUGAACAGACCCAAACGCAAAAAGACACGUUGGGUGUGUGCGUGCGUGCCCGCGCGUCUCCUCCAGCAUCCGACAAGGGGAAAGAGAGAGAGAGUGAGAGAGAAACAGAGCGAGAGAGAGCAGCACCAGCAGUCUGACAAAGCUGCACUCCCUCAAAGUUUGACAUCUCCAGCGGCUACAGAAAGAGUUGUGCUCCGCCGCGGCCAUGGAGCCUCGGAAACGCACUGGUUUUGUACUGGUUGGAGUUUACCUGUGGGCAACAUUCUGCUGUCAAGUUUGUCAUGGUGGAGUGUACCAGAGAAAGCUGUAUCGUGAUCUGAUGGUAAACUACAAUCGACUUGAGAGACCAGUCCAAAACGACUCUGCACCCAUUGUGGUCGAACUCGGCCUCACUUUGCUACAGAUUAUUGAUGUGGAUGAAAAGAACCAAGUGUUGAUCACAAAUGCCUGGCUGCAGCUGCAUUGGACAGACAUUUACCUCUCAUGGAACCCAGACAGCUACCCUGGGGUUCAGAAUCUCCGUUUCCCUUCAAAUCUAGUGUGGGUCCCAGAUAUUCUUCUCUACAACAGUGCUGAUGAGAGGUUUGAUGCCACGUUCCAUACAAAUGUGCUGGUCAAUGCUUCAGGAGCCUGUCAGUACAUUCCACCAGGUAUCUUGAAGAGUACCUGCUACAUCGACGUUCGGUGGUUCCCGUUUGAUAUUCAGAAGUGUGACCUGAAAUUUGGUUCCUGGACCCACAAUGGUUGGUUGCUGGAUCUCCAGAUGAUGGAAGUCGAUGUCUCUACAUAUAUACCCAAUGGGGAGUGGGACCUUGUUGGUGUACCAGCAAAGCGUAAUGAGCUGUAUUAUGACUGCUGCAAGGAGCCCUACCCCGAUGUGACGUUCACAGUCACUAUGCGCCGCAGGACUCUUUAUUAUGGCUUAAACCUGCUCAUCCCCUGUGUGCUCAUCUCUGGUCUGGCACUGUUGGUCUUUCUGCUCCCUGCUGACUCUGGAGAAAAGAUCUCACUGGGCAUAACGGUACUGCUGUCUCUGACAGUGUUCAUGUUACUGGUAGCAGAGAUCAUGCCUGCCACUUCAGACUCAGUUCCUCUAAUUGCUCAGUAUUUUGCUAGCACCAUGAUGAUUGUGGGAUUGUCGGUGGUGGUAACUGUUCUGGUUCUGCAAUUCCACCACCAUGACCCCCACGGAGGAAAAAUGCCUAAAUGGGUCCGAGUCUUUCUUCUCAACUGGUGCGCUUGGUUCCUCCGUAUGAAGAAGCCUGGAGAGGAAAGCAAAACUCCAGUGAGCUCAAGCAGUCCUCCAACUUAUAAGUACUCCCAUUCUCCUGCUCACCACACUAGCACCACCAGCAUUCAGAUGAGCACCAUACCAGGGCAGCCAUCCACUCAGGCAACAACAACCAAUGGAAACAUGAACCUAUACUUUAGCUACCACUCAAUGGGCACAGACAACCCUGUGUUUCCACCUAGUGUUGAUUCAGGUGUGAUUGUGUGCGGUGGUGGAAGUGGAGGUGGAGGGAAUCAUCAUAACGGUACCUCCCAGCUUGACAUCCACUCAGACCAGACACGGACUUUGCUUUUGGAGCAGAUUCCCGAAAUUUGCCGGAUUUUGGAAGAAGUGCAGUACAUUGCGAAUCGCUUCAGAGAGCAGGACGAGGGGGAGGCAAUCUGCAGCGAGUGGAAAUUUGCAGCUGCAGUCGUGGACCGGUUAUGCCUGGUGGCCUUCUCGCUGUUCUCCAUCAUCUGCACCUUCACCAUUCUCAUGUCAGCUCCCAAUUUCAUUGAAGCUGUGUCAAAAGACUUUACGUAAGGCUGCUCUCUACCAUCACUGACAGAUAAAAACUAACAGUAGAAAUUCUGACACAAUUAGACCUGCACCACACAAGCCUCUCUUGUACUUUUAUGUGAAGACACACAAGCUCAAGUUAAUUUAGAAUUGAUAUCACCAUAGAUCAGUACCCAGCCUUUACCCCUCUCAUUACACGUUUGUUGGUAUAUAGCUGGGGUAAUGUGUUUCUUCCCUGUCAAGGUUGCUCUUUAGCUUACAACAUACAUACAGGUACAUAGGACGUUGAAGCAACAUGUAGUAGUUAAUGAUGUAGAAAGUCAGACUAAUGCACUUUUCUUCUGUAUCCCUGCUGCACCACAUCAUUUACUUGCCACCAUUUGAGUGUCACGUCUCAUCAGAAUUCACUCUUUCCCUUACAGCUUUUCUUUUCUCUUAAUUUUAGAAUUUACACAUCCUGUCUUCACUCCAUUUUCUAGAGAUGUCUUACCUAAACAACUUCAGCAGUUACAUAUAUAGUACGGUGUUUUACAGGUGUAUUCUUGUAAUGCAUUUUUUCUUUGUAUUUUAUAAAUAAAUCCACAUUUUACAGUGCAAUCUGGUUAAGCUGAAAUUGAUUUUUUAAUGAGUUAGCAAAUUCACUGAGAUCUACUGAAAUUAUACAUUUCACUAAUCUGAGGUGUGAAACUACUGAGUAUUUUCAUUUUAGAUAAAUAUACCAUUUUUCCUUCGCUAACUGAAAUUUGAUUUAAAAUUUCAAUUCAACUCAAUUUUAUUUAUAUAGUGGUCCCCUCAAGGUGAAAAUGCCCAUUAUAAUUUCCCACAGCCUGACUUACAACUGUAUCUGAUUCAUUACAACAAAGAAAGCCAAAUAAUUUCUUUAUACCUUCAUUGUUACUCUUCCUUUUACAAAUGGAGCUAUUAGUCUAAUAAAUAUUACAGUUUUUCUCGAUUGCUUAAACACUUUUCUUGAAACUAUGACUCGUAUUCUCAAAACAGUAAACACAAAUCCAUAACGUCUCACCCAAUUUCCCAAACACUGUAUUUUCAGGUCAAAAUUAAGCUCUACACUCAAAACCAUUCACUCUUGCUGAAAAAACAAACUUUGCCCACAGACAUCACACACAAGGCCUCAAAAACACACACACUACAACAUAGUCUUACACAUUGGUGCAAUAAAUUUAAAACAAUAUUUCAAAAACUGGCAAGUUAUGUUGCUUGUGGUUCUUCCCCUCAAAAACCUUUUCACAUCAUGAACACAAAAGAUCCAAUGUACAUACAGUGGCACAUUUUUAUUCAUGUACCAUACAGUACAACACACAUCAAAAACAUUAUUCCACCUCAGCAUCCUGUCUGUGGUCUGGGUCAGGCCCGGGAAUCUCAUCCACAUCACAGGCUAUAUUGGCCCUGGCCAGGCAGCGGGGGUAAAAUCCUCUUGCAUGCCUGAUCCACCACUGGCAUGCAUCUACUGAUAUGUAUAGGCAGGCUUCUUCCACGACCCGGAGGAGGUGAACACGGACAUAAGGUUCUCUGUCAUACACUUUCUACCGCCACGCCGAAAAUAACUCCUCUAUUGGGUUUAGAAAGGGAGAGUAUGCAGGCAGAAAGAUGUUAGAAAACCUUGGGUUAUUGGUAAACCAGUCAUGAACCAGAGCAGUGUGAUGGAAGCUGACAUUACACCAAACAACAGCAUAGUGAGGCUGCUCUGGCUGUGCUGGUUCACUGUAGUCCCGCUGGAACAUAUGUUGUCUUAGACCAUCAAGAAAAGCAAGGAGAAGCAUAGUUUUAUAGGGUCCUAGAAUGGCAUGGCGGUGGAGUACCCCUCGUUGGCUGAUGGCUGCGCACAGAGUGACAUUCCCUCCACGCUGACCAGGGACAUUUACAAUAGCCCAAUGGCCAAUUAUGUUCCUCCACCUCCUCCUUGGUGUCCUAGACCUCCUUUUCCUCCUCAACCUCUUCCUUUGCAUCUCUUUGAAUCCAUUGUUUCAAACCUGAAUGAGUUUCUGAUUGAUGUGUGAUAAAUUUUGACUUGUAGUGUUUCCACUUGGUUAAUUGUGUGCUAAUUGAGCUCAAGCUGUGCUGACUUAAGUUAACAUUAUUGAAAGCAAGUGCUUUCUAAAUGGCCACAUGGUGUAAGCACUGAAAAAUGUAGGGAUUUGUGUGUAGAGUUUUACAGUAACAGUUCACCACAUCUGACUCAUGUGUUAAAGCAGGGGAAUAGUGUUUAUAGUUCAGGGAAACGGGUGUGGUUUUUGAAAAAUAGCAUUAUGGUUUUGAAAUUUUAGUUCAAAAGAUUGGUUAUAGUGUUUAAGCAAUCGAGAAAAACUGCAAUAUAUUGCCUGCUCUUUAUAAGGUUUAUUUACAGCAGACAGAAGAACGCAGAAUACGUAGGCACCAAAAUGUUAAUAUACCUCUGCUAACCCUGCCUUACAGGUCAAAUCUUACCAAUCUCUGCUUCUCCACAGCAACCCAGUCUGUCAGUGGCAGUUCAUUUAAACUAUAGGAAUGAUUUACCAGACACUGGAAAAAUACUCAGUCAACAUUACUGUUUUGAAAUGACAUUAAAGCGACAAAUUAACACUACCGGAACUUUUCUGUGACUGAAAACCUAAUGGUUUGGCUCUUUUCAGGCCAGUUUAUUAAAGUGUCACUUUAUUACAUCCAUCUCUUGUGUUAAUACAGUAUAGUUUUGUUAGCAUAUGAUGCACUAUUUGUAAAUCACUCACACUCAUUUACAGUGCAAUUUUUCCUUGGGUAGUAAUUCAUCUUUGUUUAUUUGUGUGAGCUAGACAUGUUUUUGUAUUCUCACACAGAAACUCACAAUACAGAAAGAGAAUAUUUUGAAAUCUAUUCUGAGAUGUGCAUUUGGUACUGUUUUGUAGUGGUGAGUGCUUUGUAUUUUACUCUCUAAUGCUCAGUGAAAGGCAGACACUUUUCUUCCCUAAUCUCUAGUGACAACAUGUAACAAGGAUUACUGGGUGACUUGAUGCAACAGAUUUUUGUUCAACUUUGUCUCUUUUCGCCCCCUGACUGUCCUCUGAUUCUAGGGGGCAAAAGACAUGAGUGAAUUCCCAUUUUAAAAACCCACAUAAAUUCACAGCCUUUUCCCACCAAGCUAUUGGAUAUUUUAAAUGGUGUUAAGUGGAGAAACGAAAGAAGAAUGAAGCAACACCAUACAGUAUACCACACAGCGAUUGCAGAAAUAGUCACUGAAAUGGAAUUCAUGCUGUUACAGUUAAUCAAUGCACCACGUACAGACAAACAGCUGCCAACUGCUGUCGACCUUUUAUGCCACUAAAGCACUGUAAACAGUUUGUUAUAUCCAGUCAUAAUAGACAUGAAGCAAAAGGUGAAGCCAAUGAAAUGUACAAUGUUGCUUUAUUGCCAAUUCUUUUGUGCGAACUUAAGCUGCAUUCAAAAAUCUACUUUUCUGUGACCAGGGAUUUGAUGUUUUUACUUGCUUUAAAGGUCACAAAUAUGCUUUUAAAAAUACCAAGGAGUAGUCUUAUAAUCUUUAAAUGAACAGGCAGACAUUUGUUUCAAACAGAUCAAAAGAUGAAUACCACUUUCACAUCUGUGUAAUAAAGGAGCUAUAGUCAGUGCUCUGGAGUUAUCCUAAGCUACCUACAUGCUGAUGGUAACUUACUUGACUGACAUAUUUCUGUCUAACUCAGAGAAACAAAUCAAUUUUUUACCAAGUUGAACAAUUCUAUUAAAUAUUGGUCAGUGUUCUAAUUGUGCACGGUCCUAGCAUAUUCCAAAUUGUACAGUAUGUGCUUAAAUAUGAAUCCAAUCAUAGAUGAUCUGAUAACAAAACAUUUAUUGGAAAUGCCUGUAAAUGUCCAUUUGGGAAGGUGUCACAAAUGUGCUCCAUCUCACCUACCAACAUGUUGGAACAUACAGAUGCAAUAGUUCAUAUGAGGCAUGAAUUGAAAAGUUUGUGCAUUUGAAGAAAUAAAACCAUGUCAGGAAUUGUUUAAUGUAAAAGACAAUGCAAUUUACAAUUCAAUAUAUUGAAGUUCACCCACACACAAAAGGCUCGAAUUGCAGUUUUUUAAAGGUUUAAUUCUGCUGAAUGAUUUUGAAAAGUAUAGCUAAAAAUGAGGAUGUGGCAGUUUACUUUUUGCAAUGCUUUUGAAUUUGUCUGUUGCUUUUAAUGGUUUUUAAACUGACAAUGUUGUAUUUUGGUCAACUUGAGUGUCUUAUUCUUUGUAGUCUGUGCCUCAGUAUCAUUCAGAGUCAUUCUACGUUGAAUAAUGUACAUAAAUGCUCAGUGUACAUGACUAUUUUGAGAAAAAUAAAGGAGUGACUA